AUGAUGGCCACGGGCUACCCAGACCCCCCUGCCGAGGACACGGGGUCCCUGCUGCGCGCCUCCGAGGAGCCCGGCGGCCCGGGCGGCGAGGCGGGGGCGCCGGGCGCGGCGAGCCCGGCUCCGGGCAAGGCUGCUGCUGCUGCCGGCGGCGGAGGCGGAGGCGGCGCCCCCCCGCCGGCGCCGGAGAAGGGCGACCCCUCGCAGAAGCCGCCCUACUCGUACGUGGCGCUGAUCGCCAUGGCCAUCCGCGAGAGCGCCGAGAAGCGGCUGACGCUGUCGGGCAUCUACCAGUACAUCGUGGGCCGCUUCCCCUUCUACGAGAAGAACAAGAAGGGCUGGCAGAACUCCAUCCGCCACAACCUGAGCCUCAACGAGUGCUUCAUCAAGGUGCCGCGAGAGGGCGGCGGGGAGCGCAAAGGCAACUACUGGACGCUCGACCCGGCCUGCGAGGACAUGUUCGAGAAGGGCAACUACCGCCGCCGCCGCCGCAUGAAGCGCCCCUUCCGCCCGCCCGCCGCCCACUUCCAGCCGGGCAAGGGCCUCUUCGCCGCCGCCGCCGCCGAGGCCGGCUACGGCUACCUCGCCGCGCCGCCCGCCAAGUACCUGCCGGCGCCCUUCCUCAACGCCGCCUCCUGGUCGCUGGCCCAGGCGGCGCCGACCGCCCAGCCCCAGCCGCCCGCCGCCUACGCCGCCUGCCAGAUGGAGGCCGGCGCGGGUGGCGGCGGCGGCGCGGGAGGCGCCAACGGCCCCGCCAGCCCGCCCAAGGCCGCAGGCCUCGCGCCGGGGCCUGGCGCGGCCUACGGGCCCUACUCGCGCCUGCCCGCCGUGGUGAACUCCUACAACGGCGUGGGACACCCCCACCACCCGCACCCGCACCCGCACGCCCUCCACCACCACCACCACCACCACCCGCACGCCCACCACCACCACCACCACCACGCCGCCCAGCAGCUGGGCGCCGCCGCCGUGGCCGCCGCCGCCGCCGCCUCGGCCGGCAGCCCCGCGCCUCAGGCGGCGCCCAACGGCGCGGCCGGCCUGCAGUUCGCCUGCGCGCGCCAGCCGCCCGAGCUGGCCAUGAUGCACUGCUCCUACUGGGACCACGAGGGCAAGCACGGCGCCCUGCACGCCCGCAUUGACAUCUGA